AUGGAAUCUCACCCAACCGAAGGAGAUCCGACCAAGAAGAUGGAGGACGCGAAGUCCUUCUUGCUUCGGCUUCGCGGGACGAGCCUGCAACAGGCUUGCACCGACUGUGCCCGCGAGCUCGAUGAGGCUGCAGAUUUCGAGGCAAAGUUUUUGGUCCUCGACACCUGGAUCCGCUUUUUCGAUGGAGAGCCGUUGCCCGGCGGCUCUCUGCAGACGGUUAAAGACGAUCCUCCGAAGGAAUCAGAAAGUCACAUGCCAACGGAAGGAAGGGAAGGAAAGGAAGCAAAGGCAGGAACAGAAGGAAAGGAAGGAACGGAACACAAUGAAGGAAAGGAGCGAAAGGAAGGAAGGGAACGAAAGGAAGGAAAGGAACGAAAUGAAGGAAGGGGAAAGGCAGGAAAGGAAGGAAAGGAAGGAAAGGAAGGAAAGGAAGGAAAGGAAGGAAAGGAAGGAAAGGAAGGAAAGGAAGGAAAGGAAGGAAAGGAAGGAACGGAACCAAAGGAAGGAAAGGAUAAGAAGGGUAAAGCGGACAACAGACAAGAAGCAGCAGAAGGCGACCAGUCGGAAAAUGAGGCAUCGGAGGGUCCAAAGGAGACUCCGAAGGAGGUGCCUCGCUUCGCCAAAUACAAGCGCCUAAAGGAGGCGUUAGCUCUUUUCGCUGAACGGUUCGGCGAGGAUCCGUUUGCAUCAGUUGUGCCGGCCUGGCUGAAAGCGGCGGGUGAGCUGGCAGAGGAAAGCUCUCCUGCUGCACAACUUCCUGCACCACCACAGCCCAAGGUUGCAAGGCCUUGUCGCAUCCGACGUGAACCAGUUUCAGAGGUCGCAGAUGACAAAGUGUCUCCCAAAGCAGGAGAGACGUCUGAGGCCGUCGAUCUUCCGGUGGACAAGGUCGUGAAGCUUUCGGCCUCCAGCGUGUACUGCUUGCUUGCCAAUGCGGCCUUGCUAAAUGUGCGAGGCUUCGUUGAUUUGCAGAAGCUGUACCUGUCCUCGGCAAAGGCGGCGCCGCAGAAAAUCCUGUGCCUUCUUGCCUAUUUCUACUGUGGCUCGAAGGUCACGGCCGCAUGUGACCGUGAAGUCGUCUUUGAAAGAGCCAUAUCCUCCGAAGAAUCGGUUCGAAGAUAUCUUCCAGAUCCUACCAGUCCGCCGCCAGUGGAUGCCAAAGAAAAUGAAGGUCAGGUGGGGAGCCCGCAGAUGCUGAGCGAGGUGCAGGAGCAAGCAGACGGAUGGGCUGACGAAGAGUCCGGAGAAGAAGGCCAUCGGAACGAGCAGCCUACCAAAGCUGGACAUCAUGCCAGACGAACACAAGACAGCAAGAGUAAGUCAUCCUUUUUCAUGUCGUGCCGCAUGCCGGCAGGGAUAGGCGUCGAAGCAUGA